AUGGCUACCAGCGAUAUGAAUUACGAGGUUGAACAAGAAAUUGUGGCAUUUUUCGAGAAGACUAAAACGACUCGCUUAGCUUGUGACGACUAUACGAGCGUGUGUACCUACAUUGACUAUGCUGGUCCUAACGCCGAAUUCGUCGUGCAGUAUCGUCUGAAGUCAUUAGCGCUGAAUAUAGACAUUGUGAACCUCGCCAAAGCCUAUUACGAAACUUGA